AUGUCAGGCUUUUCAUAUGCCGUCAUGAAGACAGGUGCUCUGUGUUCUUACAUAGUAGUGGAAGGUGUGGUGGGUCACCCUGUCACACUGCCAUGUACUUACUCAACAAAUGAGGGAAUCACUACCGCAUGCUGGGGCCUUGGCGAAUGUCAAUCUGUUUAUUGUGCUAGAACGCUUAUCUGGACCAAUGGAUAUCAAGUCUCCUAUAAGAGGAGCAGCCGAUACCAGCUAAAGGGGCAUAUUUCAGAAGGAAAUGUGUCCUUGACAAUAGAGAAUGCUGUUCAGAGUGACAGUGGUCCAUAUUGUUGUAUAGUGGAGAUUCCUGGAUCUUUCCAUUAUGUGACCUAUUCCUUGGAAAUCAAACCAGAAAUUUCCACAAGUCCUCCAACAAGACCCACAACUACAGGAAGACCCACAACUGCAGGAGGACACACAACUGCAGGAAGACCCACAACUGCAGGUAGAUCCACAACUACAGCAAGACCCAUGACUAUUUCAACAAGACCCACACAUGUACCCACAUCACCCCGAGUUUCCACCUCUACUCCUCCAAUACCAACACACACACAGUCUCACACACCAAGUACAACCCAUUGUGGUACAGGACCCAGAGUCCUUCUCACGAGAGUUGGUAGGAGACAGUGA